AUGAUCUUCGUCUCCGCAUCGAUCUUCGCCACCUCAGCUUGUUGUACAAAGCGCACGACUGGGUACGAGCGCCAGAGAUUUGGGGUACCAGAUCUGAGAAGCGGCUCGCGGACGACAGAAACGAAGAAGAAUCCACCGCCGCCCGGGCAUUCGCGCAAGUGGGAGGACUGGGAGCUCCCUUGCUACCUCCACCAACUUCCUAACCAUCUUCAUCAUCUGAUUCUGAAUGAAACAAGAACAUGA